CUGGUAGCCAGAGGGCAACUCGCGUGUUCCAGUUCCGACCCGAACCAGUGGUUGUUCAGUCAACGCCUCCUGGAAUGUAGCGUUUGUGUAGUCUCCGGUAGUGCUGCUGCCGUUCGUUCAGCGUUGCUGGAAGCCAAAACUCCGCUAGUAAACCAUAAUCGGUAAGAUCAAGAACGUCAUGGCUCCCUUAAUGACCAGUAUUAAUGAAACAGAAGUGGACGUUAGCAAACUGAUAGGCACGCUGGAGAUACAAAAAGGCAGAACGAGAUGCGCUGCUGACAAGGAUUCACAGUCAAAAGUUCUCGAGUUGUACAACUCCAUGUUUCAAAGUGAGAUGCUGUCGUUUGACAGACAAGCCAUGGAGCAAAGACUCGAUGCGGUCCUUGAAGAGGUGCUAGAGCUGGCAGACAUCCUUGAUGCCAAGCAGCAAGAAGUUGAAAUUUCCGAGGAGGACAUGAAAAUGCUCUGCAAGCUUGAAAACGACAUCGGAAAAGUGCUGAAGUUUAAAUAAAAGCACACACGUCAUCUUGUUUUUCGCAUAA